AUGGCAACAACAUCCAAGGCUCAACCAGCGGCAAUUGCCACCAAGAAUUCACGACUCGCUGCGCAGGAUAUGCAAAAUUAUCUACAGUCUCGUCUCGCGGAUGCCUCUGAUCCUCCUUCAUUUCAAUCACUUCCUAUCAUCGAUUUAACCCCCUCAUUUUCGUCAUCCUUAGCCGACCGUCAAGAGGUCGGAAAAAAAAUCAAUGAAGCGUGUACGACAGUUGGGUUCUUUUACAUUACAGGGCAUGGAAUUCCCAAGAGUGUCUGCAACGAAGUAUUUGAGCUUUGUGAGCGCUUUUUCAACGAGCUACCCCAGUCCUCGAAAGAUGCCAUUCACAUGAGCAAUUCGGAACAUUUCAGAGGAUACGAACCCGCCAGUUAUUCAACCGCGAAUGAUUUCACAACUAAAGAAACAAAGGAGGCAUUUAAUUGGGGUUAUGAAUAUGGUCUAGAUCCCACAGGCGGAGAUGGAAAAUACGUGGAGCUAGAUGGCACAUCUACCGGUGGUAAAAAUCUGUGGCCCAAUGAAUCUGAAAUUCCUGGGUUUUACCAAGGAAUUGCAGAUUACUAUGGUCGGAUACUACAAUUGUGCAAGCAUUUAUUUCGUCUCUUCGCUCUUUCUCUAUCUCUCCCAGAGGAUUACUUCGCUUCGCUUGUUACACACCCGGGAGGGAUUGCACGAUUGAUAAAGUAUCGUCCAAAUUCAAAUCCAAAGCCCCUUUUAACCUUGGAAAAGGAAGAAGAAAUUGGUCUCGGCGCACAUUCAGAUUAUGAGUGCUUCACCUUACUUUUACAGGACGAAACUCCGGGCCUAGAAGUUCUUAGCCCAGAUGGAAAGUGGGUAAGCGCGGAACCUGUUGAAGGUGGAAUUGUGGUCAAUGUUGCAGACUUUCUGAUGCGAUGGACAAAUGGUCUCUAUAAAAGUACUAUUCACCGGGUCGUCAAUAGGACUUCGAAAACUCGCUACUCGGUACCCCUAUUUUUCUCGAUCAACUACGAUGAGACAGUGGAAACAUUGCCGUCAUGUGUGACCGAGGAUAACCCGUCAAAGUAUCCUCCAAUCACCGCUGGAAAAUAUGUACUGGAUCGUCUUGCUAUGACUGUUCCUGGGAAAUAUUGA